UUCUAGUGUAAGGCUUUUUUAUUUCGACCGACUUGCAAUAAAACUUAACGCCCACUUUUGAUUAAUUUGCAGUGAGGCGUUCUAGCCGUCAACGACCGUAGGCGUAUUCUGCAUUGGCCGAACAACAAUGCUCAUGAGAAGCUUUAGUCUGAAAAUGUUAGGUGCUUUGUUGAUCUUUGUACCAUUAAUGAGUCAUUUCUCAGACGGCGUUCGUGACUCGUUCGUCAAUGUCGGCAAUCGAACGUUCUUUAAUCGGUCUGGUUAUCUUGCGGCUUUCGCCGACUUUAACAGCGACAAAUUAAUCGAUGUCUUUGUGCUCGUUGCCCCGGAUUCUCCUAGUAAGGGUUUUCGCUCUUUGGAGGUAAAUAUUGCACUGCAGUCGCGCUUUCAAGACGAAAAAUAUACGCGGUAUGUCCUUUUGCCAGAUUUUCCAUCACGUAUUACUUCGGUUAUACCCGGCGAUCUCAAUGGUGAUCGGAUAGUGGAUAUCAUCGUAUACUCACGGGAGGCCAGAACAAUAACGAUCUUUUGGGGCACCGGACAGUUUUUUGACCUACCACUAAAUUUCUCGGACUACAUUAAUAUCACCGAUGUAUACGUCGAGCCCUUACUGUUUGACUAUAAUGGAGAUCAUGUCGUCGACAUCUUAACGUCGCUUGGAGAUGCGCGUCAACGCAAUGUACUUCAAUGUAUAUCCGGUGUACAGGGAAUUAAUCAGUGUAUUCGGGGUAACCUCAACAGUUCUGAGGGUGAUAAGUUGCCAGAAAUUGUCAGUCCUCACUCGAAUUCGUUCGUCGAUCUCAACGGUGAUCUUAACCCGGAUUUACUUAUUUCGACUCAACACUUCUUUGAGAUAUGGCUUUGGCGAGCUCCUGCCGUUUGGGAAAAGGGCCCAAAUCGGCCCUAUCCCGAAGGGAGGACCGCGGCAGUGGUAGGGCAGUCGACGUUCGUUGACUUCGCUUCAAUUGGCCAGUUAUUGCACAUCGUGCAGUUCUGCAGCGCGCUCUGUGAUCUUGUGUAUAUUUGGAUUGGUAAAAAUUCAUCGAACCUAGAUAAUACCGGCAAUGGCUACUGGAAGGUUCUCUAUCAGCUGCAUAAUGGUGAGACAUUCUGGAAAGACGCAUUGUAUGAGCGCACUGUGAAUGCCAUGAUGGCGUUCAGGUCUGCCGACGUUGAUCAGGACGGUUAUCCAGAUUUUAUGACAAUUGUCAAUCUUAUCAGUGGAAAUCGAGCUGUGGUCGGCUUCCGCAAUCGAAAGUGUAGCAACAAUAAAGACUCCAUCUGUGUCGAAGGCCGUCAGCUUGAGGGCUACACAAAUAUAGGUGAUGUAGCAGCGGUUCUCCAGGUUACUAAUGUGGGUUUUUUCGACCUUCAAGAGGAUGGCAAGCUUGAUGUGUUGCUGACGACAGGUAGCUUGCAACACACGGAUUGGCAGUUUGAAGCAUUAAGAAAUAAUUAUGUGGAAGAUGUGUGCUUUAUCAAGGUCGUCGUCGCUAGUGGCCUCUGUAGUAAACGCCAAUGUGCAGGUGUUGGCGAUACUAUCGAAUAUGGCUAUAACCAGCCCGGCCCGAUGGCUCGAUACGAGAUCGUGACUUCAGAUAGUAGUAAGCACGUGUCCAUAGCAGCUCAGCUUUACCAGACAGGUCACGGUUCACUGCAGCUGCCGUAUAUUGUUUUCGGACUCGGAUUGUCUCCAAACUUUGUUGAGACCCUCCUGAUUCGAAUGCCUGGCCUCGCAUCGGGCCAUCAAUGGAUACAAAUUAUUCCCAACUCGCAAAUACUCGUUAUUCCUUACCCGGCUAGAGACCCAUCAGAAUGGCAGACAAAAAUCUUUAUCAAACCCUCAAAAAAAAUGCUUUACACAGUCUUUGCCUUCUGUGGAAUCGUUUGCGUUAAUCUACUUGUGGUUAUGUUGUUGCAUCUCCUUGAAAAAAAGGCGGAUCGUCUUGAGCGUCAACAGCAGGCACACAGAUUUAACUUUGAUGCUAUGUGAAUAAUAUGAUUGCUAUUUGCGACUGCUGUACUU